AUGACAACCAUCUUGACAUUUUUCACUGCCAACCUGCCAGCAAGUCGAAAAUGGCUCUCAAUUCUAACCAUCCUACGCACCCCGGAUCAACAAGAGAUUGAUGAAUGGGGAACCGAAGCACCAAUCGAAGACUUCGAAACCGGAUUUCUGGGAAAGAGAGAAGAUGAGCUCCGUCGCUUUUAUCGCCAAUGGCUAGCCAAAACACCCGGAUCUUUGCAGGGAGAUGUUAACGAACACAUGAUGGCAGUGCUGGACGAACGAUCGGCCAUCGACUCGACUAUGAUACUAUACUGGGGAAUGAAGAAACACCACUGGGAUGAUUAUUGCGAGUUUCAGCCUGGUAAGCCGAUUACCGGGAAUGGGAACUUGUGUGAGGAUGGUUAUAUCUGGUGGAAGUGGAGGGUUCCUUUUAAGCAUGCAUUUGAACUCUUUCUCAAGGCUGAGCACUGCAAUACCGAGGUCGUGGAGCUCUUCUGUCGGCCGGAAUAUCAAGGUCCUGAUGGAGUUGUUGAUUAUGAGACCUGUAACAAGAUCCUUAACUUGGAGAUCCCCGAUCCGCUGGGAAUUGUUGGUAUUGGCUGGGCAGCAACGCCCAUAAUAUAA